AUGUCCAGGUCUUACGAUCGCGCGCUUACUGUUUUCUCCCCUGACGGCCAUCUCUUUCAGGUCGAAUAUGCCCUCGAGGCAGUCAGAAAGGGUACAUGCGCUGUCGGUGUUCGCGGCAAAGACGUAGUAGUUCUCGGCGUUGAAAAGAAGUCAAUCCUUCAACUGCAAGAUCCUCGAACAGUACGCAAAGUUGUCAUGUUGGAUGACCACAUUUGCCUUGCAUUUGCUGGGUUAACCGCUGACGGUAGAGUCUUGAUCGAUAAAGCGCGUAUAGAAUGCCAGAGCCAUCGCCUUACCGUGGAAGACCCUGUAACGGUUGAAUACAUAACAAGACAUAUUGCUGGAAUCCAACAGAGGUACACACAAUCAGGUGGUGUUAGACCAUUCGGAAUCUCCACCCUCAUCGUUGGUUUCGAUCCCCAUGAUUCAAAGCCCCGCCUCUAUCAAACAGAACCCAGCGGGAUUUACAGUGCAUGGAAGGCAAAUGCUAUUGGUCGUUCGUCAAAAACUGUGAGAGAAUUUUUGGAGAAGAAUCACCGAGACGACAUGGAACGAGAGGAGUCAAUCAAACUAACGGUGAAGAGUUUGUUGGAAGUGGUUCAGACAGGCGCCAAAAACAUCGAAAUCAGCGUGAUGGAGAGUUACGGCAAAGUCACAAAUCUGGAGCUGUCUGAAAUUGAGGCGAUUGUUGCUGAAAUUGAGCGAGAGAAAGAAGCGGAGGCGGAACGGAAGAGGUCGAGAUUGGCUGCGACCGCUGCGGGGCAAGCAGCAAUGACACAGCGCGCUGGAGAGUAA